AUGAGUUACAGAAGAAGGCAGGCCGGGCAGUUCCCUGAUGUGGUCCUAGACGGAAAGCCGUUUUGUAUGCAGCCCUGGAAUUCCUCUGCAUGCCAAGCGGGAUUUUUCUACAACAAGACCGAGGGGAAGGCGCAACCGUGCCCUGAAGGUUUCUACUGCCCAGUCGACAAGUUGUGCAUCAUCCCGUGCCCUAAAGGCGCAUACUGCAUACGAGAUCGACUAGUCGAAGCCAAGACCUCGUCGCCACCUAUCUGUAGAGAAGCCAAGAAAUGCUGCCAUCCGUCAAACUCGCCCCCAGUCUUCGAUCCAAGAAUGUCGAGGCUCCAGUGUCCCGGACCAAAGUCUGCUGUCCCCUGCCCUGAGGGGAACUAUUGCCCUAACGUCACCACCAUGAUCAUGUGUCCAAAGGGGUCGUUCUGCCGGGCGGGCAGCCUCGAGCCACAGAAAUGUCCGCUUAUCUCUGUGUGCAAGCGAGGCGCCGCUGCCCCGGUGAGCGCAGGUGCAGGAGUUCUUUUCAUUUUCAUCCUCUUCCUGUUGUUCGUGGCAAUACUGUACUACUUCCGGCGCAGACAACAGAUCCACACGCUGGCCCUUCAGUUUGGCAGGCGCUUUGUCCCGUCCAUCAGAGAAAGGUACCGGAAUACACAUACGGUACAGGCCGGGCUCAUGGACGUCGUUGAACAAGUUGCAUCAGUAGAUGUUGACGGGGACGAAAGGAUCACACCCAAACUCUCCACCGUUGACUUAUUGUUCCGGGACCUGAGCCUUACUCUAAAACAGACAGGAAAGCAGGUUUUGCAAAGCGUGACUGGGGAGAUUCGUGCAGGUGAAGUUACCGCAAUCAUGGGUCCGUCAGGAGCUGGAAAGACUACUCUGCUUAACACGCUCAGUGGCAAGGCUUACUACGGUAAACGUCACGGCCAAAUCAUGGUGAAUGGAGUGGAGGUAGACGGGCUGGAGUCAUUCAGGACAAUCACAGGAUUUGUGCCUCAGGAGGAUAUCAUGCACCGUUCACUGACGGUACUCGAGGUGUUGCGUUACCAAGCGACCCUAAGACUUCCGUCUAACAUGACUUCACACGAAAAACAACAGCGCGUGGAUCAGAUGAUUGAGCUCUUCGGCCUUGAAAAGAUCAAGCACAUACAGAUAGGAGACGAGGAGUCACGUGGUAUCUCAGGCGGACAGAGAAAGCGUGUUAAUAUCGGAAUGGAACUGGUAGCUGACCCAACCCUGCUCUUCCUAGACGAGCCCACGAGUGGUUUGGACAGCACGUCAAGUUUACUAGUGCUGGACGCCCUAAGAGCUGUCGCCGAGAAAGGCAAACUCACCGUAAUAUGCGUCAUUCAUCAGCCAAGGUUUGAGAUAUUUGAUCGCAUGCACAAGGUUUUGUUCUUAGGUCCAGGAGGAAGGACGGUAUUUCAGGGAACUGUUGACGAGUCUAUGGCCUACUUCUCAUCGCUCAAUCUACGCAUGCCUGCUAACGUGAAUCCAGCUGACUUCUUCAUGGAUGUGAUCGGGGGCUUAUAUGAUGGGAAGGACGCUGACAAGAACUUUACGUCUGCGAAGUUGUUUGACGAGUGGGAGAAUCACGUGGGCGGAAAAACCGCUGGCUCAAGCGCAUCACCCGAUCAUCGCGUCAUGCCAGCAAUAGUUACCGAUCAUCAUCGCAAACUUCCCGGAUUUUUCUCACAGUUCUUCUGUUUCCUCAGUCGUGAGAUUCGCUUGCAAUUCCGUUUGACGAAGACGCUGUUAAUGGAUCAGUUCCUUGUGCUACUGGCCGGUGGAACUCUUGGGGCACUUCGCCGGGAGGCGCCAUUGGAUCAGUUCUUCGUGCUUCAAACUCUAAGCUCUCUCGCUAUUGGCCUAACUGCAAUGCUCUCUGCGCUUCGAUGCUUUGGCAAUACAAGGACAACCUUUUGGAGAGAAUCAUCGACUGGUAUCAACCGUCUUAGCUACUUUCUCGCCGUGAACGUGGUACAAUUACCCAUAUUGGUCGUCACACCUAUGAUGUACUUGAGCCUACUGUACCCACUAGUCGCGCCCAGAGGUUUUCUUAUGUACCACUACAUAGCAACACUGGCGGCUCAGUUUGCUUGUACAGGAAUGGGCUACGCCAUAUCUACUCUUUUCAACCCUAAGAACUCGCAAAUGGCCUCCGUCACCUUUGCUUUGAUCAGCUCCCUUGUGUCCGGUCUGUCCCCGUCCUUGUGCAAGAUGCAGGACUAUACCGUCAUCGGCCCAAUGAUGUACACACUGUCCUACUGUCGUUGGUACGUGGAAGCCCUCUUCGAAAAGGAAGCCAUCCGUUUCCCGGACGUUCUUGGCCAGUAUGUGCACGAAUUGGCCAAUAAGAACGGAUACUCUCUGGAUAACUACGCCACGUGCAUCAUGGCAAUGAUGGUUAUGGGUCUGGUGUACCGUGUUCUCGCCUUCCUCUUUCUUGUCUUCACGAACCGUGGAAAACAACAGUAACAGCUCGGGGUGGACAGGAGAUCACAGGGAGAAGUAGCAAAAAUAGAUAGUUUUGGUUGUAUUAUAGUCCGAGCAAACAGUGCCCGGCGAGACGCUGGUGUUUGAACACUAUGUUAGGAGAUGCUCAGGUAGCGAAAUUUCUUUUGUCUUGUGUACAAGCGACCGUAGCUUUACCAUCAAUGCUGUCGUCCAAGACAAGAGAAAAAAUAGCCGACGAUCGUCAAUGACCCCCACACCCGGAAUGUCUGGUGGUGUACAAAACUAGAGGCAACUACACACAGUAUUGUUUUUAUUAUCAGUUAUUAUUUUCCUAUAAGAAAACCUAAUAAAACCACAAGUUGUGUUUGUA